UUCUCCCCACCACAGCGCUUUUGACGUGGCCAGCUAUGUUGAAUAUAAAAGUCUCGAGCACCACGCAAUAACAUCGCACUUACGCUCUCUGAUGUGUCUCAAAGUGUUCUGGCAAGGUCUCCUGUCCGACCAGGUCAACUCAAACACCGUCGCGGCAUACCUGGACACCAUGCACACGACACAAGGCAGUGCGUCAUCCGCUUAUAAGAAGUUGAUAGAAAGAUUUCCCUCAUCCAAGCAGAUUCUGCGUCUCUAUGCGAAAUACUUGCUCACAGUGGAAAACAAUGCCGAGCUUUCUGCUCAACUCCUCAGUCAAGCAGAAGAUAUUGAGUUCCGUGAGCAAAGAGACGUUCGGCAGCGUCUCGAAGGACCUAAUGGCAUUCUACCCGCAGCCAAUUCAGCAGGCUAUCCCUCUCCACCCGCUGUCAACUAUCCCGAAAUCGCCGGAUCUAUGAUGAGCGACAAGGGUACGACUGGGCGAUUCCACCCAAGUCUCUCCAAGGUGAUUGGCUCGACCGCCCACGAGUCCGUGGGCUUCGCCGGUGCUGCUUCGGGACGGAGCAUGGAAAUCUCGGACGAUGAGGAGUCAGGCCGCGGGUACCAGAAUGCCCGUGUGACACAUUUUCCAGAAGAAGAGAUCGAACCUCCGACGGCGAAAAUAGCAAAAGUCUCGAUCAAGCCUGAGGUUUCCAGCGCUGGGCUAUCCUUAGCAUCGUACAACGAUGAAGCUGGAGGAGGACCAGAAGCGGAGGCCGUACCCCGUCACAAGGUUGGCGGGGCGCGCUCUACAACAUCAUCUGCCACAUCCAACAAAGACAUCCGAAAGAUGAGGGCGGAGAAGAUGCGCAUGAUGGAGAAUCUCUCAACGCAAAUUCGGCGUUAUAUUCUCUAUGAGCGCUUGUGGCUUCUGGUUCUUUUGGGACUCAUCAUUGCGAACUACGACAGAUCGCUGCAAAUGUUUCAGGCCCCGGACACGUUUUUGAGCACUUUGCGAGUACGUACGGGACGUAUGUUACAAAUAUGUUCGUAGCGAUUACUAGUAUCCCUCACUUCAGUCUCGUAUUGUAGGAGGAAACGCGUGCGCGCAGGAUAUGCCUCUCGCAAUCAAUCCUAGUUCGGCAAAUGUGGAGCGCUGGGAAGGCGGCCAGCAACAAAACUUUUCAGACUGCAAGAACGAGCUUGGCUGCCCAAGUCGAUCGUCACACCCAAGUGGUGCUUCCGGUUUUAUUUACCCAGGCCAACUCUUAUCCAACCAUCGUCACCGUUGUCCGCAAC